AUGGAUGAUCUGAUAUUGAAGAUAUGCAUGAGUUUUCUCUUAGUAGCAGUCCUCUGUUUGUCUCUAGAUUCUCUAAAGAAGAAGGAAAAGCAACAUGAUGGAAUAGCAGCAGUUCACCCACCUGGGUCUGCUGGGUGGGCACAAAUCGUUGGAGAAAAUAUAGAUUUUCUUCGGAAAAAUAUGAAAGGUAUUCCAGAGCAAUUCUUUCAGGAUAGGAUUCGAAAAUACUAUUCGGAAGUCUUUAAAACUUCAUUAUAUGGAGAAAAUGUGACUGUAUUCAGUGGUGCUGCUGGUAACAAGUUCUUAUUCUCAAACGAAUACAAACUCGUAAAGAUGUGGUGGCCUAAAUCAGUUCGUAAGAUUGUACCGUUUAUAGAAGAUGCUGCCUCACCCGCGGCACAACGAGUAUCUAGGAACCUUCGUAGCAAGUUGUUUCCUUUGAUUAUGAAACUAGAUAUGCUCCGGAGGUACGUAGGCGUGAUGGAUUCUCUGGCAAGGAAACAUUUCGAUGCUUAUUGGGAUAACAAGGAGGAAGUUGUUGUGUAUCCUUUAAUUCAGAUUUACGAUUUCUCAUCUGCAUGUUUGUUGUUCUUGAGCAUCAAUGAUGAAGCUCGGGUUGAUGUGUUACUCAAGCUCUUCAAUGUGGUCAGCGAUGGAAUCUUAACUAUACCCAUUAAUUUACCCGGGACACCAUUAUAUCGGGGCAUCAAAGUGUCUGAAAUUAUCCGAAAAGAAUUUGCAAAAAUAAUCAAGCAGAGGAUGGAUGAGAUGCAUCUUUUUAAAGAGGAUGAGCUGAUGGAGAAGAUGAUGAACGAAUUGUCACCCUCGGCUUCAGUUCUACCAGCACAAGAUUUGCUGUCGCAGAUGAUUCUAUUUUGCAAAGAAAAUGAUGAUACUGAACACGUCGAAGGCAUCUGUGCUGAUAUUGAGAACAACAAUAAGAAAACAAAGACAUUCAUUUACCCGAAGUACCUUGCGGACUUGGUACUUCCUAUAAUCAUCGCUGGAUAUCACACACAAAGUACUGUUAUUACAGUCCUUAUAAAGUAUCUUGUUGAGCUUCCACAUGUUCUCCAUGAGGUCUUUCGGGAGCAGAACGAGAUUGCGAAUGCUAAAGCAACAGGAGAGUUGCUAAAUUUAGAUGAUACACAAAAAAUGAAAUACUCUUGGAAUGUAAUUUGCGAGGUAUUGCGACUUGCACCACCUCUCCAAGGAGCUUUCACCGAGGCAUCGGCUGACUUCACCUAUGCAGGAUAUUUUAUUCCCAGAGGAUGGAAGUUAUACUGGAGUGCAAUUUCGACACACAAAAAUCCAGAAUAUUUUCCAGAUCCUGAGAAGUUCGAUCCGUCUAGAUUCCAAGGGAAUGGACCUGCUCCAUACACGUUUGUAGCGUUUGGAGGAGGACCUGGAAUGUGUCCUGGAAGAGAGUAUGCUCGAGUGCAAAUGCUCAUGUUCCAGCACCAUGUUGUGCGAAGGUACGAGUGGGAGAAGCUGAUUCCUGGUGAUGAAAAAUUAAAAGUCUGCCCCUUUCCUUUGCCGGCUAAAGGGCAGCCAAUACGACUUCUACCUCGGAAAAUCUAA